AUGAGCUUUUUCAAAGUUUUAGUCAUCGGAGAUGUAGGAGUCGGCAAAACUUCGCUGGUCAACAGAAUUGUCUAUAACACGUUCACGGAAAAAUACAAAGCUACUAUAGGUUGUGAAUUUGGCCUGAAAAUAAUUGAAAUCAAUGGAGAGCCUGUUAGAGUCCAAUUGUGGGAUCUGGCAGGACAAGAUAGGUUAGGAGGAAUCUCACGGCUUUAUUGUAGAGAUGCCAAUGGCGCAUUAGUGGUUACUGAUGCAACACGUGAGGGGACGCUUGAACAAGCAAGCUUGUGAAAAGGAAGUGUUGACGAUAAUGUAAGACUUCCUGAUGGUUCACCAAUACCGAUGGUGUUGGUUGCUAAUAAAGCUGAUUUAUUAGUGCCUGGGAGUGGAAUGACCAGUGACGAUUUAUCGAGGUUUGCUAACCAAAGGCAGUUUGUAGCGAGCUAUAUGACGAGUUCUAAGGUAGGAACAAAUGCAAAUGAAGCUUUAGUGAGACUGGUGGAAGAAAUCAUGAAAAGAAGUCAAGCAAAAGAAGAUACAGUGGAAGAUGCAGUAAGAGGAAUGGGAGGGAAAAAACUUGACGCAAGCAAGAAGAAAGAGGAUAAUGGAAAAUGUGCUUGCUAA